AUGCGGCGAGGUGUCUCAGUUGCUCGACAGAGCCGCCGAAGGUGUGGAGGUUCUCGGCAAGCCACAAGCACAAAGGAUUUUUUUGAGGGGAGAGGGGAGCGGCAAGCGGCAGCGAUGGAGCAGGUGCCAGCGCUUCUCCCAGCGGCUGACACACCUUCACCGAUUGCACGGCCUGCUCAGACAGCUGCAUUCUUCCUGGCCUCUUUUGACCCUUUUGUCUUUAGCUACUGCACGUUCGAUUUCCCGACCAUUCUGCACCAUGCAGCAGAACUGCACGAGUAUGAGCUGUUGGAUCGCCCAGAAUCGCUGUUGAUCUCUCCGAAGAGUUUGUUUCUACAGUCGAGUGUGCGUUUCCGAUUCGGCUAUGAGAGGCAGCAGCGCUUGGCGUUGGUGCUUCAGAGCCUCCUUCAUGAGCACGAUGAGUCGGAUCGUUCCCCGGUGUCCUGCGCUCAUGCGCUUGGCGUGGCGUGCCCGCUUCUCGUUCCCUUCUUACGUGGUGUUUGCCUCUCCGUGGAGACGCAGCACCCGUUUGCUCCACAGGCAGCCUACGUGCUCGAGGAGUUGCUUGCCAGCGGCUUCGUCUCCCCGGCACUCUACCUCGACGGCGCCUACGGAGACCGCCGCAACACUCUCGCGCAGCUUCUGCAGCUCGCCGCCAGGGAGUUUGGAAGUAGGAGUGCUCUCUUUACUGGACUGCUUCUUGGCAAAGAACAAGCCACGCCGCAAGAUGCUGUAGCCGUGGGCCGCCUCGUGAAUCACACACUUGCGACAGCGGACCGUCGUCGUCUCGACUGGGCAUUGAAGGCUCGAGGAGCAAUGCGGCAAAAACUCACGCCGAAGCAUGGGUGGACGCUUGGUCCUCCACUUUCUUCUUCAGGGCAAAGAAAAAAAUAG